AUGUUUGCUGGUUUGUUGCUUGUCCUAGCAUCCUUAUGCAUUCAUGCUAAUGGAGAUGAUGCAGUUGCAAUAGACGUUUGCAAUAUUCCAACGCCAGUAAUGGGAGCGCCUGCUCCCGUGCAAAGACCUUCAGUGCCUGUUGACAACUGUCAAGAUCGUGAUGUAUUGGCAUGUUUUGAAAUAUUCAAACCUCAGGACGACCCUGGGAUGCUUGGGAUGGUACUCAAUCAGAAUCCGACAACUUUAUCAUCUCCAACACAAAAUUGUAAAGACGAACGACAAGGCUGUGCAGCAAUAAGAGCAUCGAACAGUUGCGGCGGUGUAUUUCGAAUAACAAUGAUGCAACAAUGCGCAAGAACGUGUGGUUAUUGCACGUAA